GAAACAUUUUACACCCAUAACUUCUACUUCGAAAACAAAGUACCACAACCGUAGCAAUAUUACCAACACAAACUUUACAAGAGCAAUCAUGGAUCAAACAGAUAGGCAGUCCCCAAAGCUCAAGAAGUUUUCACUUCCCGACCAGACACCUGAUACCAGAUUUGUUCUGUUCGAUGAGACAGAAAUUCACUUACAUUCUACAAUUUUGAAAAUCCAUUCGGCAUUCUUCCGCAAGUUUCUUGACUCUCCAGACAAAAAGCCUGCAGAGCCGUCAGCACAAUUUCGGUACGAAUGGGUCAGUGUGAUUGAAGAUGAUGGCGAGUGGCAUCUGGUUGAAAAAUCCCAUGCAAAACCAAACGAUAAUGCCUUGUCAGAAAACGCAAUCUGGGAUGUGGAAGUUCUGGUCUUCAUUGAGAUGCUCAACGCACUAUACCGAAUCCCCUAUAAGAUCUGGGUAGCCCGACUGUUUAUCGUCACCAGGAUGGCGGAUUACUAUCGUUGCCUUCCGGCAGUCUCACACAAUCUCUUCGCUUGCUUCGAUCAAAGCAACAACGAUUACGUCAAAGAAUAUGCUUUACAACUUCUUGAUACUGCCUACAAACUUCAUCAACCACUUCUGUUCAAAGAUUGCCUCAUACAAGUUGCUGGCUAUAUGCCUUCUGAUUCUGGUGAUGCUUAUUAUUUGAGUAACAAAGUAAUUUUCGAUACCAUGAUGAAAGUACGCAAUGAGAUUAAUCGACGAGUAGUUGAAGCCCAGCAACGCCUCAUGCUAUCUGCACCUACUGAGGAACGCUCGAAGCUUCUAGGCCAUUGUUGGGAGGUUGGCUUUGAGGAAACGGGAGUCCCACUGAGUUUGCCACGUUACUUCAGACUCCUCGCGGAGCACGACAGCGAAUUUGCCAAUGCUCUAUCUCAUUUACUGCAAUGCGAGUUACGUUUACCGUGUGAACUCAUUCGCGAAGCCGGCGCCCAUGAUACCAAUGAUACGGAUCACUUUUAUUGUGCAAGAUUGCUUGAUAGAGAUCUACCUUGGGAUCCGAGCGAAACCGACUGGUAGGAAAAGCACGUUUUCCAUCUCGAAUGAAUGUUGUCUUUACGAAUACUUGGGAUCA